AUGUUUGUGUCUCUGCCCACCCUGACUGUUCUUAUCCCACUAAUCUCUUUAGUAGGACUAUUCUACUCUGCGUCUGUAGAAGACGACUUCCCUCAUGGCUGCACCAGCACAGCCAGUCUCUGCUUUUACAGUCUGCUCUUGCCCAUCACCAUACCAGUGUAUGUGUUUUUCCACCUUUGGACCUGGAUGGGCAUUAAACUCUUCAGGCAUAAUUAGUGCAACCAGCCAAGAGUGGGGAUAUUGAUAGGUCUUAUGUAUCCAGCUCUGGAAAUACUGGAGACCCAUUUGGUUUGAGAGAAAGUUGCUUUGCUUUCUCUCAGGCUUAGGACUCUAGAAAGCUUACUAGGCCACAGCUUCUUUGUACUUCAGUUUUGCCCUUGUGUUUGAAGAUUCUGACUGUAUAAAGAAACAUUUCAGCAGAAUGCCCUGAUGGAGAGUAACACUGCCAGUUGUCACCUAAUGGCGCACAUAAGUCACUUGGAGUUUUAACUUCGAGGUGCAUAAUAAUGCCAUCUAUUGGAGCUGUACUGUAGUACUGUACUGUAGAGAAAUAAAUUAGAACUAGUGUGACAUAAAAUUAAGAACUGUGAAGCUCAUAUAGAAUCUGAGUUUGUAAAAUUACCUGUAUUUCUUUGGUAUCAAAUGCUUACUAAUAAACUGUUAAAUUUUUGCCCA